AUGCACGACUAUCUCUUUUAUCCUCGCCCCAAAGAAACUGUUUCCAAGGAGCGACCAAGGAAAGAGCCGAGCAAUCCAGUGCUAAGAGGCACGCUUGUCAAGCUAGGAGCCAAAUUGCUACCAUUAAUGCCGGGUCUGCCGGCGACAUUCUACAAGAAUGCUGGGUUCCCUUCGAUGCAAAAGGUUGAAGGUCUAGAUAAAACGGACGCGCGUUACGAACCGACUGUGAUUCCGUGUAGACCGGAGACACACAGUGACACUGCUACACUGUAUGUUGAUCCAGAAACCGUGUCGAAGCUUCCACGAACAGCUAAGCCUGUGUUCUAUUCGAUCCUGGACUACUAUGAGGCAUAUAAAUCUGGAAAGACAACACCAACUGAGGUCGUUGAAGCUCUGCUACCCAUCAUCCGUCGCGAUAUCAAGAACCCAACAGAGUUCUCUACGGCAUGGUUCGAUCUCAACAUUGAUCUUGUAAAGGCUGCUGCUGCCGCGUCUACCGAGCGUUGGAAGCAAGGAAAGGCACUCGGAGUACUUGAUGGAGUCCCGGUCAGUGUUAAGGAUGAAGCUGACCUCAAAGGCUACUAUAAGAAGUGUUUGGGUUCAAAGGUUAUCUUUGACGAUGCUCCAGACGAGACCUCAUGGUCUGUGAUAAAAUGGGAGGAACAAGGGGCUAUUAUUCUGGGCAAGCUAUCGAUGCAUGAAAUCGGGAUGGACACAAGCAACAACAAUCCGCAUUAUGGAGCACCAAUCAAUCCAUACAACAAAGAGUACUACACUGGCGGCUCUUCUGGCGGUAGCGCUUCCGCUGUUGCGGCGGGGAUCUUACCAUUUGCUCUGGGAUGCGACGGCGGAGGUUCGAUCCGUAUUCCGAGUUCUUGGUGUGGUAUCUAUGGAUUGAAAACAUCACAUGGAUGGGUCUCAACUCGCCCUUACGAAAGCCGCGCCAGAUCAACAGCUGUAGCUGGACCAAUGGCAGCGAACAUGCUCGAUCUUGAAGUAGCCUGGCGCGUAAUGGCUCAACCCGAUCCUGAAGAUUUGUGGAGCAGAUUAUUCCCCAUGCCCUCCCGGCAGCCUACGACGCACCCAAAGCGCAUCGGUAUCUACAAAAACUGGUUCAAUCGUGCAGACCGUCCAGUUCGUGAUACCUGCCAAAAGGCCGUGGAUUACUUUAAGGAGACACUCGGCUAUGAAGUCGUUGACAUAACCAUACCGUACAUCAAAGAGGCGCAGCUCGCACAUGCUCUCACGAUUCUCAAUGAAGCCACAUCAACUGUGACGAAGGAUCAAAUCAAAUUACUAACUCCUCCAAACCAAAUUUUAUUAACAGUUGGUCGCAAAGCCUCAUGCGCAGAUUUUCUUGCUGCGCAACGCAUCCGAACGAUGAUCAUGGAGCAUCUUGCCUUUUUGUUCAAGAAAUACCCAGGUUUGAUCAUUGUACUACCAACUACUCCAAACCCAGGCUGGCCAAAACAUAAGAAGGAUGCAAAAUAUGGGUCAAGCGAUGGGAAUCGGAGCAUCAGGAAUAUGGAAAACGUCUGGAUGGCGAACUUUACAGGGAUUCCGUCCAUCACCUUCCCUGUGGGUUACGUCGAUCCAGUUCAAGGAGAUGGCAAAUUCCCUGUUGGCCUGAUGGGCGCUGGAGAAUGGGGGAGUGAGGAGCGGCUUCUCGAAUUUGGUUACGAAGGGGAGAAGUACUUGAAUGAAGUGUAUGAAGGCGGCAGAUUGAAGCCGAAGCACUUUGUUGAUGUGAUGGAACUUGUCGAAAAGCUGAACAAGCCAGAAAAGGGUACCACGGGCAAGGAGUCCAUCAACGGUGCAAAAGAAGCGGAGGCGGAGAAGAAUGUCAAUGAGACAGUUGAUGAUAAGACAGAAACGGCUAUUGACGUCCGCAAAGACGCGGAUAAUGAGAAGAAUAUCAAUGGAAAGAUCGAUGGUGAGGCUAUAGGUACGGCUACGGUCAAUACGGAACCGGGCUCUGAAAUGAAAGUCGAUGCCAAGGGUGAAGAUGCUCGGAAAGCUUAA